UCGCGGUUCACCCUGUCACAGUGGUCAAAUCUGCCCUUGAAUCUCUUGGAGGCGAAUCCUUGCCUCCCACGCUGGAUACCACCACAAACUGCGCUCUGCGGAAGAAAGAUUACUGGAGGCUCGUAGGCAUCGCGCAUAGUGGCCCUCCUCAUCUGGGCAUGAGCAAGGGCAAGGGAUGCCAGAAGUUGAAGGUAGUGAAAGUUGGCCCCGUCACGUGGUAGAAUGUAUUCGCCAGGAUCUACCUGUUCAGCGUGAACGUUGAAGGGGACAGGCCGGAUGUAUCACGGUCUCCCCCUUUUGUGCCACGAGUGUACAGCCGGGUUCGACGGUGUUGGAUUGCUGAAGCUGGUGAUGCGUGAUGCGCGUGCUCAGAUCACCCCAGGAGGAGAAGAGGAGAAGGAAAAAGAGAGGAAAGGAUGCCAACCUCCCGUUGUUCAUCCUCAUCCUGUUCGUCGCUUAAGACUCCAACAAGCUCGACGGGGCAGUUCCAGUCCCGCCAAUCUGCGGGGCGCUUCUGCUGACAAGGCAACAGCGAUUGAGCAACGGCGUAGCGACGGGAGCGUCAUCAAGUCACUCACACCUCCUCCGUACCUCCCUCGCCUCAGCAGCUCUCUUUCCCUCUCUCUUGCGUCAACAACCCUCCAUCCAUCACCAACUCGGGUUGCGCAUCAUCACACAACACAACACAACACAACACAACCUCUCCAUCUAUUGCUUUGACAGUGAUAGUUCUCAAUCUCACGAAUCGCAAUCAUG